AGCCGAUAUAAAUUGAGUAGUUUUGUCGUAAGUCAUUUGCACGAAGUUCUCAGCGGUAGGAUAAGCCUUGCCUGAUCAAAGCCAAAAAUUACAAACAAAGAUCGGGAUUCAUUAUGAAAGUGUCGUAGGUUUGUAUAGAAGACGUGCUAUUGUAAUCAAUGUUUUGCUGCUUUGUCAACAGAGAGUGCCCGUGUUAAUACGAUGGAAAAAGCGUAAAAGGCAGAGUCGGGAUGAGGAUCCAACAUCGCCGAUAAAAGCUAGAGAAAUGAAGGACAUACUGGACGAGUUGAGUUUAAAAUGAAGUUACAAAAGAAUAAAGACAGGCCCAAAAAUUUAAAAAUAUGAGUGAGAACUUGGUAUAGUAUUAUAUAUGUGUUACACUAAAUCGUGAAUUUUGACUUUGUUUUGUGAUUGUUUAGAAUUAAUGCCUGAGAUUGCAGUGAAAUUGAUACUGAACAUAACCUGUGAAGUAAAUUGAAAUGAACAGUGGUAAGACAUUUAGAACUUUAAUAAGAACGUUUUUAGAUAUUUACAAAAAUUACAAACAAAGAUCGGGAUUCAUUAUGAAAGUGUCGUAGGUAUGUAUAGAAGACGUGCUAUUGUGAUCAAAGUUUUGCUGCUUUGUCAACAGAGAGUGCCCGUGUUAAUACGAUGGAAAAAGCGUAAAAGGCAGAGUCGGGAUGAGGAUCCAACAUCGCCGAUAAAAGCUAGAGACAUGAAGGACAGACUGGACAAGUUGAGUUUAAUUUAAAAUGAAGUUACAAAAGAAUAAAGACAGGCCCAAAAAAUUUAAAAUAUGAGUGAGAACUUGGUAUAGUAUUAUUUAUGUGUUACACGAAAUCGUGAAUUUUGACUUUGUUUUGUGAUUGUUUAUAAUUAAUUAAUGCCUGAGAUUGUGAAAUUGGUACUGAACAUCACCUGUGAAGUGAAUUGAAAUGAACAGUGGUGAGACAUUUAGAACUUUAAUAAGAACGUUUUUUUAGGUAUUUACAAAAAUUACAAACAAAGAUCGGGAUUCAUUAUGAAAGUGUCGUUGGUACUGUAUGUAUAGAAGUCGUGCUAUUGUAAUCAAAGUUUUCCUGCUUUGUCAACAGAGAGUGCCCGUGUUAAUACGCUUUUUGGAAAAAGCGCGUAACGGAGGGUUUUCCAAUGUGCAAAGUGACCUUUUUAUAUUACUAAAGAUCUAAUGUAGAAUGUGUCAUGUUCGUCAUGUACGGGCUGCUGUAAUUGGCGUAAAGCUGUAGCCAUAUACCCUCGAUCCAUUGAUUGAUAGUUUGUAUAUUCUUGUAUUUGUAUUUGUGCAGAUAUGAUUGUGUGAAAUUGGCAAAGCAUAAUAAAUAAAUAAAUAAAUAUUUCAAUGUUUUAACUUUAUAUGUAUAUUAUCGUAACGUACUUAGUUUUAACUAAUUUGACAGUAUGCGCGCCAGAUGCGACGGAAAUUUGUUAUUUAAUAGCGUGUUAGUCGUGGCGCUCUCGUUGUGUUACUUGUGUAGUACGAAAAUUACACAACCUAUCUGUAAAAUACUUUACCCCACUAGUUUAUCGAGUCUUUCAACUUUCAAAUGUUCAAUUAAACUCAUGUAUCAUAAUUUAAAUUUGUGAUGUUGAUCAACCGUUUAAAUGGACCCUCGUGCGUGGUUGCUCCUGCCAUAGGACAUAAACUUACUUUUUUAUUUUAAUGGGAACUGCCCGCAUGGGACUUGGAAUCUCGUUUGUUAUUUUAAAAUUAGUGUAUCUUUGUCUAAUUAUUUGUUGGUACAAUUUUUGUAAAUAUAGUUGUUAAUAAUCCAAUAAAGUUUUUAAAAACAAUUCAUUCAAAUUUGAUUUAAUUUACAAAAUCAUUAUAUACCUAAACUGUAAUAAACAAAUAAAGCUAGCGGGGGAAAUAGAUUAGCAUGCUUUGCGGUCCAUUUGGUAAAUGUGUAAUUCACAGGUUGAUUUACUGUAUGUUUAGUAUUUUCAGUUUUAAUUCAGUUUUUGAAACGAAACCUUACGAGGGAAAAUAGCGUGGGUUGAAUAUUUGAGGUUGGGCGGAUGACGCUAAUUUGAGAUAGUUCCCUGUAGGGUACACACCCUAUAUAGUUAUUUGCACACGUAAUGUGACGCAAAUUGUUCUUUGGAAUGACGGAAUACAGAAGAUGUAUAGGCAUAACGGUUGCAACCUUUCGUAAUCAAGACUCCGACGGUAAACACAGGAUUUGUACAAAUAUCACCAAAUUGUAUUAAAGGUAAGAUGUUCAGAUGAAAUAUAUACAAAUGUGGAGCGAUUCCAAAAGUCCAUUUUAUGGCUUUCAAACAUCAUGGAAACGAUGUAUUAAUACAUCUAUAAUAUUCUUUAUACAUUAUUAAAAAACUCAAUAAUUCAUGAAGAAAACACAAAGAAAAAUCAUAAGCGUGUCGUAUCUGUAUAUAUAAUAAUAAUAAUAAUAAUAAUAAUUUAUUCAAACAAAGUCCCAAUAUUGGGACAUGGGUAAAUAACUAAAUAAGAAUACAUGGGUAAAUAACUAAAUAAGUCGUUACCGUCUAUAACAAUAACAUAGAUAUUAAUAUAUAUGAAAAAAGUUGAUAAAUGUAUAAAUACACAUACAUACACACGCACACGUGAGUAAUUAGACCAGGCUAUCAAAAGCAGCCAAAACGUCGAAACAAUAUUUGCCUACUAACUUCAUUAUUGACUUAUCCUUCAUAGCCAUAAUAUAUAUAAAUAGAUUUUUCGAAGUAAAUAAGUUGAAAAACCUAUUUAUUUUAUAUAAAUUAUCAAUGAAUUUUGUCCUGUGGUCGAUGAACUUCAUGUUUGUACAAGACAUUAAAAAAGUGAUGUUCAUCUCCUACUUCAUUUAACUCACAAAGUCUGCAUAGUCUAUCAUUGUAUGGGACAUUGUUGUAUCUACCAGUUUCAACAGUUAGCUUAUGUGCUGAUAUUGUUAACUUUGUAACAGCUUGACGAUAUUUGAAAUUACUAAUUUCGUUUAAGUAUUUUUCACAUUCAAAGUGUUUUUUUAUUUUUCUAAAAGUUCUUAGCUUGCCAGUAUUUUCGACAGGUUGAAACUGCUCUACCCAAUACAAUAUAAACGCUUCUUUAAAUCUAUGUUUCACGUGAUGGCAAACAUUUCCUUUUUCUGUGUCAGAUAAUUCCGUCUGCAAGUUGGAUAAUUCAGUUUGUGAAUCCCAAUUUUCUCCCCCACAUAGUUGCAGUACAUAUUUGAGAAAAAUUGUUGACUUUAGGUUAAGUUCUAUGCAUACAUUCGCUGCUUUUCCAACAAGCGUGUUUGAGAACAAUGAACUUUUUAUUCGAAACCAAUAUUUUACAACCAGCUUAACUAGUUGAACGAUCAAAGGCGUUCUUCCUAGCUCAGCAUAAAUAGCCAUGUUUGUUGAUUUUGAAUGAACUCUAUGCCCAAGAGUUCUAUGCCCAAGAAUUAUAUAAAUGGUCAUACCGUUUCCAUGGCCAGCGAGAACCUAUAGCCUCCUGCGCAGACGUUGUUAGUGGCCUAGGCCUCACCUAACGUCAACGUCGUACCCAGGCUCUUUCCACUACGCGCCUCGCUGGAGGAAAGACCCUGGUCCAGGCUGGUCACAUGUGUCCCAGAUUUUUGGAGAUAACAAAAUUUUUACCUAAGGGUGGGGGGGGGGCUAAGUUUUAUUUUAUCGAUCUAGUUGCCGAUGUCAAUUCGAUAAAGUUCAGAGCGCGUGUAUAUUAAAAAAUUGUGUAUUUUAUGCAUGUAAUUGUAAUGAAUAGCAAGAGUUUGUGUUGCAAAAUCAAUGGGUGAGAUGUCUUUGUAUUAUGUAUUCUUUGUGGAUUGGAUUUGCGACGUCGCUCUACGCAAGAUCUACAUACUGGAGUCUUUCAGUUUCACAUAUUGGGAAAACCGCAAAGAAUUAUUAGGAAAGGAUUUGUAAUGCUGUAUACUCAAAGACAAGCAAAGGAUAUAAUAUUUGCCAAGCAGCCGACAGCGAGUCUACUGUAAAUUGCCGUAUAUUUUAAUCAUAAGUGGAACGGCUCGAUAUAACAUCGACACAUGCAUUAUAGAAAUAACAGUACGAAAAUAUAUUAUAUUUUAGUAUAAAUUUCCAGGUGACUAUUGAUUUUUCUCCAUUCUGAUUGGUCAAGAUUCACUGUCUCUGAAGUGAUAGUCACUGGUCAGUGACUAUAGCUUUUUUUUCAAAAUGGCUGCUCGUUUUGCCGUAGUAUAAACAGAGGAGGAAAUUGCCAAAAUUAAAGAAGAUAGCAUUCCGUAAAAACCCAAACAAGCUACAAAAUAUGGUUUAAAAAUAUUUCAAGGUAAAAUAUUAAACUUUACGUGCUUUUAUUUGGAAAAAAACUGGCUUAGUCGCAACGCGACACAGAGCCGUGUCUGAGAUUUAAAUUUUGUAAACAAACUAUUUAUAGCGAAAAUAAAUUUAUUUGAAGUGAAUUUUUAUAAAGUUGUGUGGAUUAUUUUUUGUAAAUACCUGGAAAUUUAUACUAAAACAAUUAGUCGCCUCAGGCUCGGUGAUUACAAGCCUAUAUUCACUUCGCCUUCGGCUCAGUGAAUAUAGGCUUGUAAUCACCUCGCCUUCGGCGACUAAUUGUUAAAUAGUGUGCACAUGAGUAUCGAUAGUAUGUCUAUUUCCUCGUGUUUCAAUAAGACAGUACUCAGUGGAUUAUAUAUAUUUCGAAAUGUACUUCAUGCACACACGUUUUUAAUAGAGAGUCAGCUUCGCGUUCAUACGUUAAAGGACAAACGUUGGGCAAAGGAAAAAAUAAGCUAUAUAUAAGACAAUAGAGAGUAAAUAAACUUGCUAUUUUAAAACUGUAUGUAUAAUUUUGUUUUAUAUAAGAAAGAAAAUAUGAAGUGAAGAAGUUUUAAGCGAAAAUGCUGCAAAUUUGACUAUGAUUUGCCUCAGCCGUUUGACUCCUUAUAUAAACAAACAUUCAGACCAGGUGUUUGUCAGACAAAGUCCGCUAAUUUAAAUUUGUCUGCGAGUAUUAAUUAUAACUUAUAAGGUACAAUCUUUAGAAUAUAUUGGGUUUUAAUUGUAUGCCUUAUCUGUCGUAACAUGCUAAAGGUUUUAAAAUAAAUUCCAAAACAGAAAACAAAGCUUUCACCCCGCAGCUAAAGCAAGAGCACAGUAUACAAUUUUAUGUAAACUUUGAUCAUAUUUCACUGGGGAAACAAUCGAUUGCAAAUAAAUACGCUCCUAUAAACACCCAAAAUAUAGCAUUGAUUAGAGAGAAUGUCGAGCUAAAUAGUCUGUGUAUAUUAAUGUAUUUAUCUAUUCUUCAUUGAAAAUGUUCAGUUCAACAAAAUUGGAAAAUCGACCACACAGUACUUUACGCGAACAACGGUUAUUUUAUAAUCGUUAUGACGAAAACAAUAACCGUUAUGACGUAUUUUAUGGAAAUAUAUGCCAAUAAAAACUUCGUUUCAUGAUAGUCCUUUGUGUUGCUUUAUUCACACUCUUUGUAUUAUUUUGAACUCGAACGCCACAUUUGCCUUCCCUACCCCCAUAAGUCCCAACUGCUAUCUCCCAAAAUCUGGGAGACACGUGACCAGCCUGGACAAGGGUCUUUCCUCUAGCGAGGCGCGUAGUGCAAAGAGCCUGAGUACGAGGUUGACCUAACGUCUGCUCACAUUCGCUAUACAUUUGACUUCCCGGUAAUUAACCAAUCACAAUCAUCUACACGAUAAUUGUAAGAUCGACCUUCAAUGACCUUCACAUGCAUGGGCUAUUAUCAACAAGUCCUGUAGUAAUAGGUUUUGUUUGUGGAAACACCACGUAAAUUUAUUACUGCAAAGCUUUCGAUCCGUAAAAAAAAAAAAUUAAAAAAAAAAACCUAUUAUAUUUUAUCACCAUGCAAACAUAUAAAGAAGUCCUGUAGUAUUUUUAAAUUUGAAAGUUUUAAUACUGCGCAGAAAAAGGCUUUUCAUUCUAUUAUAAACGAAAAGAAGGAUGUUUUCGUAAAUCUCACAACUGGCGCAGGAAAUCACUUAUUUAUCACGCCGUUACCGAAGCUAUUCGAUGUAUUUAUUUAUUUAUUUAUUUAUUUAGCUUCGCCUUGACAAAAAACGUACACAAUACAAGUACAACAAUUCAUAUACAUGAGACAUAAAAAGAGGCGGAGACACCACAACAGUUUACACAAAUUACUGUGGGCCCUUUAGUUAGAAUUAGUGACAAAAUACAGACGAAAAAAAUCAACUAAUUAGUCUAGUAGCAACAGGGAUCGGCAUCGAUUAGAUUACGCGAUGUGUUGCACUUCAGGCAAACAGUUUUCCAGGUUCGAGCAUCAUCCACGUCGUAACAAGAUACAAGGGCAUUAUGGUAGUAUUCUAAUAGUGACAAUGCUAAAUGAGAACGAAACAAAAGACAUUACAACAAAGGCGAGUUAGAUAUGGGAUCGGGAACGGACUCGAAGUCCCAACAAGGCAAACCCCGCACAUAAAUUAUAACUAGAAAUUUACACUAUUAAGAAAACACAAAACUUCAAUAAACAGACAGCCCAGUCUCUCGCUCAGGUUGACUGCACAUACCAACGGCCACUUUAAACAAAUAAUUGAUGGAAAUGAUUUCGGAAAAUAAUCUUAACCCAAGCGCUAUAGUACUAACCCUAAUUCUGGUCUUAAGAUAAGGAUGCAUAUUGUACAGUCAAUCUGAGGAAGAGACCGGGAUGGUACAGUGUAGCAUUCUCCUCAGUAACACACCUUCUUUAAAUAUUCGCAUACUAGAAAAUACAUGCAUGCAGAAACCCUCGCCUUGCUGACAAAACCGUUGUAUUUUCCGAACAGGAAGUAUCUAGAGUAGUUGUCAUGGUAACACGAUAAUUUUUUAAGAAUAUUCUUACAAAUGAAAAUCACCUAAAAAUAUCACUUUUAAUUACAAAAUUAUCAAUUUCCCAACAUAUAUAUGUUAGGUAUGUAAUUAUACGUAAUACAAGCUUCAAUUUAAGGUAAAAUUCAACCACAAACAAUUCACAAAACGUUUUAAAGUGUUCUUUAUAAAACUAAACUGCCUUUAACUAUUAAAUGGCUUUAUCGAUAAACUUUGAGUUUGCAAUAAAGUGAUUUCAAAUUCUCGCUUGCAAAUAACUUUGGUCUUUGCUUUAUUUUUUAUUUAAAAAAUUCAAUAUAAUAAAAAAGGGAAUCAAUAUUAAAGUUACACUGAAAUUUAUAUAUGCUGUCUUGUUUAGUUGUUUCAUAUACGCAAAGGCCGUCGGGUUUUAAAGCAAUUAUAAAAUCAAUAUUUAAAACAAACUUACCUUCGUUAACGUCGGCUCCCUUCUUUUAGCUGAUUCUUUCGCCCUUCCUUUCUUGAAAUUUACAAAAUCUUGCAGAAAUACGAGCCAAAAUGAAAUAUAUUUGCAAGAAAUUUAUCAACUCAUCAAAUCAAAAAAUGUUUGCUAUUUCGCUGUCGUCAUGCAGUCGUUAUAAUGCACACUUUAAAUUGGACCAAUCAGUGUCCUUUAUUGAUGACAAUCCGCCAUAUUUUUGAGAUCAGUGAGGAUGACCACCCAUCGUUGGUGACCGACGCCCGCGCUCAUUGAUGAACUUUAGACUUCGCUAAUGCUUUCGUUUCCCCGGGUGUAAAUAGCCGGGGGGAUUAGUACCCUCGCACGGCGCUUCGCGCCGCCGGCGAUCGGGGAUAAGUAUUUAAACAAAUUGUAAACAUUGUAUUAAAACAUUUAGUAUUAAAUCGUGGUUUCGCCAUUGAUAAAUUCAAUGCGAGAUCAAGUAAACAAACAAACUAUACGAUCUAGGAGUCAUUAAUAUGCUGUGUCAUUAAUAUUAAGUUGAAUGACUUGAAUCGAGAGCGACGAAGAAGCGAAGGCAUUGGAAGAAGGGAACUAUUCUGUAUUAUGUAGCUUAGCAGAAUGGUUUGUGCUUUGCCUUUGGCUAUUGAUGCAUGAAGCUCAUAUGAUUCAAGAAUGGUAUGUAUUAAGACAGUAUUAUAAUCAAUCCUAAAAAUGUGUUCGCUUUUGUAAUUCUCAAAGCCACAGGAAUCGAUCGGGCUUGGCCAUUUUAAUAGUCGUUAAUAUUUUAUAUUGUUUAUUAAAUGGAAUUUGUCUUUUUAUACAUUGCCUCGUAUUAUCUAUUGCAUGUAGUACUAGCAUGCAAGUUUAUAUAAGCCUUUCAGUUAUGAAGGGUUUACAUCAGAGGGUUGGUGUGAUGUAUAUUAACUAGAAUGGCUCAUAAACUUGCUAGUACUAUACAUGCAAUAGAUAAUAAAGGAUAAUAGAUGCAAUAGAUAAUAAGGCCACUGAAAAUUGAUAUCAUGUUUCUCGUCCCCGCCCGCAUGGGAUUUAUCUGCCGCACGAAAAUUUUUCAUUAUUCAUUAUUUUUGAAAAAUAGGCUUAACAAAACACCGAAUUGAUCUCCAGAUCAAAGUCUUAUUGCUACAUUCUGCAAGCGCAACUCAAAUUGUAUCUUUCUAAAGAUAUUACUCGCCAGAAUGCCUCUAUUUUUCAUGUCAGCCCUGGGAACGAUGAUCUUGACAUGUGAUCAUUUUUUUCCAGUUUGCUUCUGAUUUCCUGUGUUGCAAAAUAAUCUGUUCGCGUGGUUUUACUGCUUUUUUGAAAAGAGAAAUCAUGCAUAUUCAUGUUUUAUAAUGAUCAUUUAUGUGUAGAAAUAUACUGUAGUGUAGGACGUAUUAAAUUAAAAUGAAUUAUACACCGAUUUACUUCAGAAUUCAAAUACAAAAAAUAAUGAAAAAUGAAAAAUGAAAAAAUCCCGCUCCAAAUUUUUGAAAAUUCUGGACGAGAAACAUGAUAUCAACUUUCAUUGGCCUAACAAGGCAACGUAUAAAAAGAAAAAUUCAAGGUAAUAUAAAAUAACGACUAUUAUGUAAAAUGGUCAAACCCUUUGAGAAUUACAAAAGCGAACACAUUUUUAGGAUUUAUUAUAAUACAUACCAUUCUUUAAUCACAUGAGCUUCAUGCAUCAAUACGAUAAUAGCCAAAGGCAAAGGCAAAGCACAAACCAUUCUGCUAGUCAUAUAAUACAAACUAGUAUUAUAUUCUUGGCGUCGCUCUCGAUUCAAGUCAUUCAACUUAAUAUUAACAAAAGCGAGCACUGAAGAUCAUUUUACCCGCGAACUCAUAUAGCGAAACUUUAGAAUAUUUCAAUCUUCAACUUUGUUCCAAAGACGCGACGAAAUGUGUAACAAACUUUUUACAAAUAUUACUAACAAUCCGACACACAAACUGCAUAAUUUACUGCCUCCCAAACACGAGUCGGUUUACCAACAUAGGAACAAUAGACUGUUUGAACGAUUCGGAACUAAUACAGAAAGAUUUAAAAAAAACUUUUAUUCCUAUGUCGAGUAACUUAAGUUAAUGUAAUUUUUAGUACUAAGCGUUUUAAUGACCAUUUGUAAAUAUGCCUAAUUAACCCAUAUUCUAUCUAUUAAAUAAUGUUUUAUAUACUCUUGUAAAUCACGCAAUUCAGCUGUCCAGCUGCAAGGUGAAUCUUAAAUACACUAUCUAUCUAUCUAUCUAUCUAUCUAUCUAUCUAUCUAUCUAUCUAUUAAUGAUACAGCACUGACUCCUAGAUCGUGUAGUUUUUUUUUUACCUGAUCUCGUAUUGAAUUCAGUUAUCGAUGGCGAAACCACGAUUUAAUCCCCGAGCCGACGGCGCGAAGCGCCGUGCGAGGGUACUAAUUCCCCCCGGCUAUUUUCACCCGGGGAAACGAAAGCAUUAGCGGAGUCUAAAGUUCAUCAAUUAUCGCGGGCGUGAGUGACCAACGGUGUUGGGUGGGUGUUCAUCCUCACUGAUCUCAAAAAUAUGGCGGACUGUCACGAAUAGCGGACACUGAUUGGUCCAAUUUCAAGUUUGCAUUAUAACGACUGCAUGACGACAGCGUAAUAGCAAACAUUUCUUGAUUUGAUGAUUGAUAAAUUUCUUGCAAAUAUAUUUCAUUUUUGCUCGCAUUUUUGCAAGAUUUUGUAAAUUUCGAAAGCUCUCUUAGAAAGAAACUGCGAAAGAAUCGGCUAAAAGAAGGGAGCCGACGUUACGAAGGUAAGUUUGUUUAAAAUAUUGAUUUUAUAAUGGAUUUAAAACCCGAAGGCCUUUGCGUAUAUGAAACAACUAAACAAGACAGCAUAUAAUUUCAGUGUAUCUUUAAUAUUGAUUCCCUUUUUAGUAUGAUAUUGAAUUUUUUAAAUAAAAAAGAAACGAAAGUUAUUGGCAAGCGAGAAUUUUAAAUCAUUUUAUUGCAAACUCAACGUUUAUCGAUCAAGCCAUUUUAAAAGGCAGUUUAGUUUUAUAAAGAACACUAGUGACUUUAAAACGUUUUGCGAAGCGUUUGGGGUUGAAUUUUACCUUAAAUUGAAGCCUAUAUUACGUAUAAUAACAUAAUAACAUACGUAACAUGUAUAUGUUGGGAAAUUAAUAAUUUUGUAAUUAAAAGUGAUAUUUUGAGGCGAUUUUUUAUUUGUAAGAAUAUUCUUAAAAAAUUAUCGUGUUACCAUGACAACUACUUUAGAUACUUCAUGUUCGGAAAAUACAAUGGUUUUGUCAGCAAGGCGAGGGUUUCUGCAUGCAUGCAUUUUCUAGUACUACAUAGUAAAUAUUUACAAUUUGUUUAAAUACUUAUAUGCGAAUAUUUAAUACAUCGAAUAGCUUCGGUAACGGCGUGAUAAAUAAGUGAUUUCCUGCGCUGGUUGUGGGAUUUACGAAAACAUCCUUCUUUUCGUUUAUCAUAGAAUGAAAAGCCUUUUUCUGAUGCGCAGUAUUAAAACUUUCAAAUUUAAAAAUACUACAGGACUUGUUGAUAAUAGGCCAUGCAUGUGAAGGUCAUUGAAGGUCGAUCUUGCAAUUAUCGUGUAGAUGAUUGUGAUUGGUUAAUUGCCGCGAAGUCAAAUGUAUAGCGAAUGUGAGCAGACGUUAUGUGAGGCCUCGGCCACUAACAACGUCUGCGCAGAAGGCUAGCGAGAACCAAGAAAAAUCUAUUCCGCAAAUAGUAUAUUCCUCUGGAAGUACAUGAUUGUUUUUUUCCUUUUUGAUAAAGUCUUGUUUGAUUCAGCAACUGACUAGCGUGUGAACUAGCUUCUGCUUUUUUUAGCGGUUUCACAGGUGAUUUUGCAUCUGUAAUGAGGCCAUCUCAGUGCUUUGUUCUUGCUGUUUUUCCUACCUUUUUCCGUUGUCCGCGAUUCUUUUCUUCUUCGCAGGACUCCUUGUAGCGUUUCGCAUGAUUGUACCGAUGCUUUCAGUGUUCUUCUAAAUGAGGUGUCAUCAAACUUGCUGACAUUUAAUUUAAGUUGCUCGAGAAAUUCUGCAAAGUUGCUCGGUAACGUCAUAAAACAUGGAUUAGAUAUUCACGUUUGAAAAAUAUGUCUAGCCAUUAUAUACAUAACGCGGUUAGCGUGUAAUAAUGGUUAUUAAAUAAAACCUUUGAACGUUGCCAGUUAGACUAACGCCCGUAUUCUAUAAGCUCAUUCAACACUCAAUGAGUCUCCGUUCAAUCUCAGCUUCUCUUGGGUGUCAAUGUUGUUUUUGAAUAGCUGGAGGAUGAGUAGUCACAUAGUAAGGUAUGACACUAACUCUCCAGUUAUUCAAAAACAGCAUUGACACUCGAGAGAAGCUCAGAUUGAACCUCCACUCAUUGAGUGUGAGUGAGCUUUUAGAAUACGGGCGUAAAAGUGGAUUAAGACUACUCCAGUUUAUAUGACUUGCUCUUAUAGAAGAUACCGAUCUUAUAUAAAGCAUAAAGUCAUACACCUGUAUUCUAAAAGCUCGCUCACGCUCACACUCAAAGAGUAGAGGUUCAAUCUGAGCUUGCCUUGAGAUUCAAUGCUGUUUUCGAAUAGCUGGACAGUUAAUAGUCGCACAUGCAGUAAGGUACGAUACUAACCUCAGAUUUAACGUUCCUCCACUUCCACUCUUUCACUCUCUUUGAGUGUGAGUGAGCUUUUAGAAUACAGCUUAUAGUUUGUUUCAUGUUGUUUGGGUAGGAUAUAAAUUAUGUGUUUGACCACAAAACCAAAAGUAUGAUACAACAUUAUUAUUUCAAUUGAUGUGCGCGUCAGCCAACGUUUGAGAAAACGUCACACUAAGUUCGUUAUGAUACGGUUGAAGUGGGAAACGGUCAUAAGUCACAAUGACUGUGUUAAAUCAAAGUCAAUUGCAUGUAACCUAAUAUGCAUAACUGGGCAGGCAAACCAAAUAACUAGCUCGGAUCAGUGCACGCUAAAAUUGUUUCAAGAUUAUACAUAUAUACAUAUAUAAUAAUAUCAGUUCACUCGAGCUCCCCAAUCGGGGUUUUCAGUGACCAAGCAUUACGCUUAAUUAUCUACUACAACUUACUGCUUUACUUACCUAUUACCUACUUAGCCCUAUUUAUCUUUACAACAAUUGAGAUAUUACUUUCCUAAAUGUGUUUAUCAACUUUCCCUGUGAGAGGAAACGGGAGCGUCCCGAGAAAAUCCACGAGUUUCGGCCCGAGCAUUGAUUCUUUUCACACAUAGUCUGUGGAGAUGUGAUGGUCUGGAAGCCCGGCAAGCUUCAAAGCAACAAAACAGAAGACCUUUGUUUGAUGUUUAACAACUGUACCCCACCGCGCAUAAAUCCUUUGUUUCAACUUCAUUAAAUAUUAUUCAUCGUGGCGUCUUAGCCAUCCCAUUGGACGGCUACCUACGAAAAUACAAUGAGUUCGAUCACCGUGCACAAAUUAACAUACAGUAAAUACAGACAAAAACAUAAUACAAUGACUUCUGUUUUGUUUCCAGACCAUCAUAUCUUGAUAGACAUUUCACGUGAGUCCUUAAAGGCGACAAUUGAACCCGCAAUCUCAGAAGUGCAUGAAAGGCUCUUGCUCUGACACGUACUGGUCGUGUCAGGUGAAAGAUUUUUACUUAAUUCAUCACGCAAUGUCAGAAAAUUUAACAAGCAACCAAUAUUAUGGUUUAGAUCAGUUCAGGAAAAUCCACUGCAAGCAAAUUUGCAUAUUUUCGAAGUCUACGUGAAAGAAUUCUUGUUCUUCAGAUGUUUGGACGCAUGUCUUCAAAUAUGUUGGUGUCACUGAUUCUUAUUGCAAUGUUAAGAGAAGCCAUUUCCUGCCAACAAGGUCAAUAUAAUUGUGAGCAUGGAAAUGCUUGUCAUCCACACCCAAGACAUGAAAGAAGAUGUACAACAGAGAGUUUCUUACAAGGCUACAGAGACUGCAUAAAAAGUUGUUGUAAGUAAUGUGUAUGUGGACAUUAGACUGAUGGAAGUCACGUAUCAGCUUUAUUACCAUAAACCUGAAACCAUGAGUUAGGUGUUAGCUGACGCCAUAGCAAGUGAUUUUGAAUACCACUGGAAAAUGUAAUUUUGCGAAUGGCUAUGUUAAUUUGAGAUCGUUACUCGAAUAUUUUCAAACUGGAAUGAUCAACCAUCUCUGACGAGAUCAAACACCCUCUCACAAAGCUGAUACUUUUAAUCCUUCCAUCUGCAAUAUUUAUUUCUGGUGAUUCCCCAUAUACUGCGGGUAGUUCUAAUCCGGUUACAAACAAACAAGUUUCCUACGACAAGUUUUCAUUCGGCAUGUUUUAUAUGUCAAUUCCACGUGUGUAUACGUACAACAAAUUUGCUAUAUGUUUCUGACCGCUAUGAUAGCUAUUAUAACAAUAGAUCGUUGGCAACGGCAUGCAAGUGCUCAAAAUACUUCGCCAACUUUUCUUUGUUACAGACGAGAGAAAUUUACUUUGCCAAUUUACUUUUACGGUAAACGUAAUAAUUGUCAGACUGGAACCAGUACGUACAUUUCGUCUACCGGGUUGAUGCUUUAUCGAAAAUUAUUAUAGAAUUUUAACAUUUUGCGUCCACUGAAAGAACUAAUUGCGAAUAAUAAGGACAUGUAUAAAUAAAAUUUGGCAUGAAAAAACCCAGAUGCUUUCAAAGACCAGUGAAUCACAAUGCUGUAAACUUCAACAUCCUUAGAAAUUGUGAGCGAGACAUCGAAAAGCAAAAUUUGCGGGGAAAAGCUCACGAGCCCGCACUAUUUUUAUGCAGCGUCGACGAAAGUCCCCUUUGUUGGACUGUCAUAUUUCCAAGAGUGUGUUGAUCGAGUUCAUGCACCACUGCCACAAGAUAAAUGGAUAUUUCUAUCUAGUAUUCUCUUGAGAUCAGUGUCUUAUUUCCAGACAUGCAAACAUGAAUACCAUAAAUCAUGCUUGAUUUUUUUUAUUUUCCACCACAGCGAAGGAAAUUGAAACAUUCUACUACACUACAACUUGUGAGUCGGCUCAAGAAGCAUUCACAGAGUUGAUCAGUUAUUGGUAUUCGCUGCUAACAAAAGUUUGUGAUUUUGCGCUGGUUUUUGGAAUAAUAAUGAUUGCUUGGUAUUUCAAACCUGAAGGAAACCAACCGGUUCAGUCAGACGACAAAAACCUUGUGGAAAUCAGAAAGCCGAUUCAGGAAGAAUUUCAAGACAGAUCGAGAGACCGUUAUCAGUCGAAAAGAUAGUGAGAUUUAAAUAACUAUUGAGAGAAAUGGUACUCUAUGCAACACCGCGGAAAAACGUCUGCGCAUGCGCGUGCACGAGGAUUUUUUAAAUGCCAAAUUGUAAACAAAAACAUGGCUUUUUAAUUAUUUAAGGUAAUUGAAACAAACAAAAAAAUACACUAGACUGGUAGUUUAGACAUGAAUAAAAAGUUUUCGAACAUUUAAAAUCUAAAAAGAAUUUAAAUUAAAAAUCACCGUUUAAGACCGGGAGGCGUGUGAACAUUUCUUGAAAAAUUGUCGAAUAUAUACCAAACUUAAGACACAAAAGUUAAGAAAACUAUCGAAUAGUUAAGCAUUUGCACACAAUUUAAUUGUGGAGUAAAUCAUCACCCUUAAAUAUAGUCAACGCAAAAAUUAUACAUGCCACGCAAUAAAAGUUGUGGGUCAUAUUUAUUAUAAACCUACAAAAAAUAUCUUUGUAUGGUUCAGGUAAAGAACGUUUUAUACAAUAAAUUUAUCGACAGUCACCUUUGGUUUAUUUUCUUGCAUAAUACUACUUCUUGCACAUGUAGACUAUAAUUAUUUUUAGUUUUUAGGUUGUCACGUUCAUUAUUCCGCUUGCAUUUUCAUAGAAAAGGCAAAACAUCGAAGUCGCUCCUUGUCGCUUCCAUUUUGAGUUUUUGACAACCUUCGGAACACCUGACACCACGUUCGCAAUACAGAUUUCAGUAAUGUUGACGCAUGCGCAGACGUUUUCCACGUUACUCUUUGCCAACUUAUGCAUGCUCAUGCGCGUGUUUUGUUUGCAUUUUAAUUUCAAGCAAUAGAUAAUUUAAUUAAAAUUCCGAUCAGUUGGUCCACAGACCGGAAUUUGAAUUAAAUUAUCUAUUGUUUGAAACUAAAAAUGUACACAAAACACACGCAUGGGCAGAACGUCCGACAGCCUCUUUAAACUAUUAAUCUCGGCUACGACUUUUCGCUACGUUUUGAUUAUUAAGACAAACACGAAACAUAUGUACAUGAAUCUUGAUGUAAAUAUAUAAACUUAUUCAAACUCAUCAUUAAUUAGGUAGCUUUUUGACGACCAUCUCGCAAAGAGAGAAUUAAAAUGUAGGCAUUUUUGAAAAUUCAACUACAUGCAAAAUACCACAAGAACUUCGACGUUUUGUGUGAACGGCCUUCGUUUGGAAAUUAGUGGGUUAGGGCCUUACUUUGACGCGUCAAAGUUGUUUUAGUAUUUUUCAAGUAGUUGUAUAUCUUUUACAGUACUUGCAGUUUGAAUCCCACACUCGGGUACCAACCGAAAAUGUGCAAUAGUUCCAACUACGUUGAGGGCUUGAUUAUAAGCAAUGCUGUCAGCCCAGAUUUGAUUUGAAACGGAUAGCCCGCGGGUAUUAUAAUAACUUUGAAAUUUGUGGUUUCUUAGUAAAUUUGUGUUAUUAUAAACGAAAACAAAAUUCUGUUAAGAAGCUAAAUUUGUUUUGGAAUAUUUGCCUCUGCCUUGACGAUUCGAACAGGUCAAUAUGGUAUUUCUCCCACUGGCCUCUCCAACUGGAUGAAAACUCAGAAAGUGCUUUCUAUUUUGUAACUAUAGAAGUAAUUAAUUCAUAUUUGGUUUAGCUUGUGCAGGGUCUAUUUGGUUUGUUUCAAUCUGUUGCGGGGUGCACUCAGGAGCCUGGGACAUAAUUGCCUGUCACGAGGUGCACUCAGGAGCCUGGGACAUAAUUGCCCCUUAAAAUGAACACGGACACCCCAUAUGUUAUAUGUUACCCAUAUGUUAUGAUAUGUUAUGUUAUGUUUUUAUGUUGUGUAUAAACAAGUACGUAAAAG